AUGGCCCGCAUUCCUCAAGUUGAGAUUCUGAUUCAGAAUCAGAAUAAAGGAACAUUACAAGACAUCAAAGAAGGAGACAACAUCACUCUUGAGUGUAAACUGAAGAAAAGCAACCCAAAACCUGACAGCUUUUCCUGGAAUAAAGAUGGGAAAAACCUCAACAAUUGUCAGAUUUAUGAAUUGAUCAGGAUCAAACCAGAGGACAGAGGAAACCACACAUGUGGAGCCAGAAACCUGAUUGGUUCUGGAACGUCAAAGUCCAUUUAUCUAAAUGUUAAAUAUCCCCCCAAAGAUGUGAGAGUAGAAGCACAGCCUGGAUCUGUUGUGGUGGAAAAUCAGACUUUCUCAUUGAACUGCAGCUUCCAUUCUAACCCAUCCAUCACCUCACUCACCUGGAUGAAGAAGACCAAUGACAGCAGAGAAAUGACUGUGAGUUCUGAGAGGAGAUUCUCUGUGAAAUCUGCCAGUCCCUCUGACAGUGGAUGGUACAGCUGUUCAGCUACAAAUGAUGUUGGAACAGAAAAAUCCCAGCCUGUACAGAUUACAGUUUAUUAUGCUCCAAAACAAACAACAAUCAUCAAAGGUGAAGAACAGGUGCAUGAUGGGAAACGUUCUGUGACUCUGAGCUGCAGCAGUCUCUGUGAUCCUCCUGCAACUUAUGUCUGGUACAAAAAAAGAGAAAAUGAAAAAGUCUACAAUGGAAAGAACUUAACAGUGUCCUCAGACCAAGCAGGAGAGUAUUUUUGUGUUGCUGAAAAUGAGAUCGGUCAAAGAUCAUCGGAAACUGUGAGACUGUUUGAUGGUGAGUGAAAGAUGAUGAUUUAAUAGUUUGAUUUAUUAUGACUUUCUGACACCAUAACAUAAUAAAAUUAAAUAUAUAUUCCUAUAUUUCUCUCACCAACAGUCAAUAUGAGCACUCCAACAAUUGUGAGGAU